AUGGCCCCGAUCUGGAAGUUUGUCUUGCCAGGAAUAUACCACUUGGCCUUUACAGCUGCUCAGCUGGAUUUAGUGGAAGAGACUGGAGAGUUUCCUCCCGAUGCAGCUAUUGCAGCCGCGAUUGAAGCAGCAGAAGAUGUGACACCUGAGCCUUCUCCUUUUCCAGCUACGGGAGGUCCAGCCCAUGAUGACUAUUACGCAAAGCUCCAUGACCGAGCAAAAUGUCCGCACUACACGGCCUGGGUCGACAAAGGCAUGUUUCACGAGCCUCCAUCCGGCGGUAUCUACAAUAUGUCCUAUUCACGUCCUGAACCUCAAUGUCGGACCUUCAACAGCUCCGAGGUUGAAGACGCGAUGCGGGAGACUGCGGCUUCUAUCAGCGACCCGGACAUGAGGCGACUGUUCGAGAAUGCAUAUCCGAAUACACUGGAUACGACAAUUCGGUGGCGUGGUUAUUCCAUGAACAACUCGGAAGAAGAGCUUGCCUUUGUAAUCACGGGCGACAUUCCGGCGAUGUGGCUCAGGGAUUCCGCGAACCAGCUGCAGUCUUAUGCUCCAGUUCUUAAGGCUUCGGAUAGCAGCGACUCGCUUGCGUCCUUGUUCCGAGGGGCCAUCAAUCUUCAAGCCCGCUACCUGCAGAUCUCGCCGUACUGCAAUGCUUUUCAGCCGCCUCCAGAGUCGAACAUUUCCCGCAUCCACAAUGGAGCUUACAAUGGCUACGAUAUCUAUCCUCCUUAUAGUUGGGACGUCGUCUUCGAAUGCAAGUACGAGCUUGAUUCACUUGCCUCAUUCCUGCAGCUCUCGCACACUUAUUAUAGCAAGACUGGCGACCUUGAAUUUUUCCGAAAGUUCGGUUGGGUUAGGGCAAUUGGAUCGAUCAUGGAAGUCGCUCAAAACAUGACGGAUGAGUCCACUCAUGAUGCGAACGGCCGAGAGAUUCCUGGCUCAUACAUGUUUUCGCACUUUCCCAACCAUGGACAAGGCAAUCCGGUCGCUCCCAACACGGGUCUGAUCCGCUCGUUCUUUCGACCCUCUGACGACCCGGUCGUGUACCAAUUCUUCAUACCGGCCAACAUGAUGUUCUCCCACUUCUUGGGCCUGAAUGCCAAAAUCAUGUCCGAGUUGGGUGCUGAUCCAGCACUCGCGGCCCGGAUGCAGAAGAUGUCGCAAUCCGUUCGCGAAGGGAUUGAAAAGCAUGCUGUCACUCAUACGAAGAAGCAUGGCGACAUCUAUGCUUUCGAGAUUGAUGGGUACGGUGGGAUCAAUCUGAUGGACGAUGCGAACUCGCCUUCUCUUCUUUCGGCGCCGUUCUUUGGGUUUCUGGAUGCAAGCGAUCCAAUAUAUCAGAAUACAAGGAACCGAAUGCUAAGUAUCGACAAUCCGUAUUGGAUGCAUGGUCCAGCGAUGUCAGGCGUCGGAGGUCCACACUACGGACAGGAGAAGCCAUGGCCCAUGGCUUUGAUCAUGCGGAUCUUCACCACCAACGACACGGAGGAGAUUCUACAGCAACUUCGUCAACUGGUCAGCAGUACGGAUCAAGUCGGGCUCAUGCACGAGUCCGUACGCAACUACAAUGCUUCCGACUGGACGCGACCGUGGUUCUCGUGGGCCAAUGGACUGUUUGGAGAGAUGAUCCUUGAUCUGCGGGAACGCAAGCCUGAACUGUUGAAGAUGAGUUACCAGGGGGAGUAAGUAUCACCCCACGAUAUGAUGAGCAUAGAACAGCACACUCACGGUGAAACCACGCAGCUACACCACCGGCAACGACGAAAUCGGACCUCCGGCUUCGAGCUUAAAGUCUCCCAACGACUACGACGGCGAAGCGGAUGGUGUGACGAAGAAGCCCAAACCAACGGAUGAUCCGCAUUUGCCCGUUGGAAUCGAGGAGUUGGAACUCAUCGUCGACCACUCUUCGGGCGGAGCCGGUCAUGCACACCCAAUGCCUAUGCCACACCCUGCGGAUCUUAACAGCACAGGCUCUUGGGGGGAUAUGCAUUGGUUUUGGUCUUGGACGGGUUGGCUGGCUAUCAGCUCUGCGUUGAUCUGGCUCGUCUUCCGCGGCAUUCGACGGCGGAGGGAUGUUAGAGGUGGUGGUGGUGGUGAGAUGGGGAUCCUGGCAAAGUAG